AGAGUCGCGCGCCGUUCAUUCCUCUAGCGGAGGAGCACAGGAGAGCGCGUGAGAGAAAGAAAGAGCGCUCGAGAGAAAGGGAGAGCGAGCGAGAGAGAGAGAGAGAGAGAGAGAGAGCGCGCGAGCAGCUCCGCUUCAGCAUGGAUUUACCGCUCAGAGCGAAACGCGCAGCGCUCAUCAAACUCGCCCUGACGCUCUGCUGUGUCCGCCUGUCAUCCUGCAAAGAUGGCUGUGACAGUCCACUUGUGUCCAAUCUCCCGCAGUCAGCCUUCAAGAGUUCAUCUCAGCUGUCCAACAGUCAUGGACCAGGCUAUGCCAAACUCAACAGGAGGGAUGGGGCAGGUGGAUGGUCACCGGUCGACUCCAUUAAUCAUCAGUGGUUGGAGAUCAAUCUUGGCGAGAGGACGGAGGUCACAGGAGUCGCUACCCAGGGCAGAUACGGCAGCUCCGACUGGGUGACUCACUAUCUCCUCAUGUUCAGCGACACAGGCCAUAACUGGAGACAAUACCGGCAAGAGGACAGCAGUGGGGUAUUCUUUGGGAACACGAACGCAGACAGCGUAGUGUCCUACAAGCUCCAGCAGCCGGUGUUCACCCAGUUUCUCCGUCUGCUGCCUCUGCUUUGGAAUCCUAAUGGAAGAGUCGGGUUACGACUGGAGGCAUACGGCUGCCAAUACAAAUCUGACGUGGCCAGCUUCGACAGAGCCAGCUAUUUGCUUUACAAGCUUGACGCAGUCACUAGUCCAUCACCCAAAGACCUGCUAACUAUGAACUUCAAAACCCUUCACAACUCCGGGGUCCUGAUGCACAUGGAAGGCAAUCGUGGACAUAACCUCAGUCUGGAGUUACUCAAAGGAAAACUCUUCAUACAUCUCAGAAAAGGCAAUUUCCACAUGGCGGUGUCACUCGGCAGCCUGCUGGAUGACCAACACUGGCAUCUUGUUAGCAUUGAGCAACUCCGAGGACACGUCAACUUCACCGUGGACAAAAGCACGCAACAGCUCCAACUCCCUGACCACCAGAGUCACUUUGAGAUUAACGAGAUCAGUUUCGGUGGCGUUUCUGCUGACGGGACUCAGAGAGAAAACUCCAGGAGGAACUUCCACGGCUGUCUAGAGAAUGUCCAGUACAACGGCGUUAAUGUGAUCGAGCUGGCUAAAAACAAACAACUCACCGUAGUGGGAAACGUCACGUUCGCCUGUUUGGAGGCCGUCGACGUGCCGGUGACAUUUGCCAGCUCUGAGAGUUUUCUUCAGUUGCCAUGGACAUCGACAAGUGACACCGUGUCAGUAGGGUUACAGUUUCGAACCUGGAAUAAGGCAGGACUACUUAUGACCUUUGACCUCCAUCACCAAGCUGGAACGCUGUGGGUUUACCUGAGCGAGGCGAGGGCAAGGAUGCAGGUCCAUAAGGCUGGCAGGGUCAUGGCAGACCUCACAGCAGGGUCAGCAAUGAAUGAUGGCCAGUGGCACUCUGUGGAUCUGAGCGUCCGCCGGGGUCGUCUGAUCCUGGCAGUGGACAAAUCGGACAUGUCCACCAUUACCAUUUCCUUCCCCGUCAUGCCUGCCAACCAGAUCUUUUUAGGAGGAUGUCCAAUUACAGAUGAUGGAUGCAAGAAUCCCUCCAACGUUUUCCAGGGGUGCAUGCGCCUCCUCCACCUGGACGAGGGUCUGGUGGAUCUGAUCAAGGUGCAGCAGAUGCUGUUCGGAAACUUCAGCGACCUCCAGAUGGACAUGUGCGGCAUCGUCGACAGGUGCUCUCCAAGUCACUGUGAACAUGGCGGGAGGUGCACACAAUCCUGGAGCUCUUUCCACUGCGACUGCGCUGACACCGGCUACAGAGGAGCUACGUGCCAUAGCUCUGUUCACGAGGCAUCGUGUGAGGCAUACAAGCACAGAGGAAACACAUCAGGACUAUACCACAUAGACGUGGACGGAAGCGGACCCAUCAAGCCGCAGCUCGUCUACUGCAACAUGUCAGAUAAAGCAUGGACCGUGAUCCAACACAAUAACACCGAGCUCACCAAAUUACGGGGAUCCUCAGGGAGCACUCAGCAUUUGGCCUCCUUUAACUAUUCUGCCGACGCUGAGCAGCUCGCGGCCAUAAUUACCCGAGCCGAGCGCUGCGAGCAGGAACUCUCCUACCACUGCAAAAAGUCACGCCUCCUAAACACACCAGAUGGCACACCAUUCACCUGGUGGGUGGGUUGGUCAGGAGAUGCCCACACGUACUGGGCAGGGGCACCACCGGGCACUCAGCAGUGCGCCUGCGCCGUCCAUGGUGACUGCGUGGAUCCUGAGCACUUCUGCAACUGUGACCGUGACCUCGAUGACUGGCUGAACGAUUCUGGCAUCCUGUCUCACAAAGAGCAUUUGCCUCUCAGGCUGUUAGCGGUGGGGGAUGUUAAUAGGCCGGGGUCAGAGGCAGCGUAUCGGGUGGGUCCUCUCCAGUGCUACGGUGACAAUGACUUCUGGAACGCCGCCCACUUCGAUAAGGAGACUUCUUACCUCCACUUCCCCACGUUCCGUGGUGAGCUCAGCGCUGAUAUUUCCUUCUUUUUUAAAACCUCCUCCUCCAGCGGCGUGUUCCUCGAAAACCUGGGAAUUAAAGACUUCAUCCGAGUCGAGCUGAGCUUGCCGAAUGAAGUAGUUUUCUCCUUUGACGUGGGGAACGGGCCAUUCAAGGUGCACGUGAAGACUCCGGUUCCACUGAACGACGAGCGCUGGCACCACGUGGUUGCUGAACGCAACGUCAAAGAGGCGUCUCUGAGCGUGGACCAUUACCCUGGAUCAGUGCGAAAAGCCCCCACUGAGGGACACAUCCACCUCCAGCUCAACAGCCAGCUCUUUGUGGGAGGAACUGCGUCAAGGCAGAAGGGCUUCCUGGGCUGCAUCCGUUCACUGAAGUUGAACGGGAAGACGCUGGAUCUGGAGGAGCGAGCAAAGAUUACACCUGGGGUUCGGCCCGGAUGCCCAGGCCAUUGCAGCAGCUAUGGGCAUCUGUGUCAGAACCAAGGGCAGUGCCUAGACAAACACAACGGCUUUACCUGCGACUGUGGAGCCUCACCAUACUCUGGAACCUUCUGUCAUAAAGAGGUUUCUGCAUUUUUCCGACCUGGCACCUCAGUGACGUACACAUUCAAGGAACCUUAUGAGCUGAACAGAAACGGCAGCGCAAUGUCCUCAUCCAUCUACUCAGACCUGACGCUGAAAGGAGAGAACAUAUCUCUGAGUUUUCGCACUAGCCAGGCGCCUGCCAUUCUUCUCUAUGCCAGCUCAUACUACAGAGAAUUUCUUGCCAUCUUCCUCAACAAGAACGGUCACCUGGAGGUGAAGUACAAGCUGCAGAAUAACAGAAACCCUGACGUCUUCAGAUCAAGCAUGAAGAACCUGGCUAAUGGACAGCUGCACAGAGUGUCUAUCAGAAGAGCCCUGGAGAGCCUCAGCAUUCAGAUUGAUCAGAACGCAAGGGAAGACUUCAACCUAUCAUCAGAUGUUGACUUCAACGCCAUCAAAGCCAUCGUCAUCGGGAAAGUGCAUGAUGAGCUGGAUGCAGAGAUAACUCGUCUGGCUUCUCAGGGCUUUACAGGCUGCCUGUCAGUGGUCCAGUUUAACUCCAUCUCUCCUCUGAAAGCAGCACUGCUUUAUCCACACACCAGUCCUGUUAUUGUCACAGGGACACUGACCGAGUCCAGCUGUGGCUCAUCUUCGUCAUCCAGCCCCUACGCAGCCGAGACCACCCACUCACUGCUUGAUCAUGUGGGCACUGUAGGAGAGCCCGUAGUCAAUGCAAUCAGCGGCGACUCUGCUUUGAUUGGAGGCGUCAUCGCCGUGGUUAUAUUUGUGAUCCUAGCUUGCCUGGCUGUCAUGGCACGAUUCUUCUAUAGACGGAAGGAAACAUUUCAGACCCAGGAGUCGAAAGGAGCGAAAUCGGAGGACGGACCCGAGGCGGCGUUUCAGACUGACCCCAGUGCACAGAGUGUCAUCAGCGAAAGCCAAAAAGAGUACUUCAUAUGAUGAGCCUUUCCUUUUUCGUCAUCAUUAAACAAACUUUUUUUUGACCUAACCCACGAUCGCCGGAGGACAGAAAUGCCUCGGCAAGCCUCGACUUAGACUUUUGCGUUGUCCGUGAUGGUGAUGCCCUGCCAAAAAAAGAAAAAAAUCACUCACACGUGGGCCAUCGUGCAGAAGACAACCCUGAAAACCGUCCGAUCAAACGUGUCUGAGAACUCACUCUCGUUAAUUUUUUUUUUUUUGUACAUAGGGUGAAAAGUUCCAAAAUUUACCACAGAUAACAGUGUUUCUAAGAUGUGUACAAUGAUCAUCCACUGUAAAUAUUAUUUUGAAAUGUACAUGUGGAAAAAAAUAAUAUCUUUGUAACUGUUACCUUUGCGUUUUAUUCAGGAUUUGUUGAAAUGCCCCGUUGCACAGUCGCACAGGAAGUGGAAAACCACCAACUGUCUCGUACACUGAGGUCCAAAACCCCGAGAAUUUUCUAUCAUAACAAAUGAUACAGAAUAUUUCAUCAUCACGAGCCAUAUUAUGAACAAAGCCUUGAGUGCAAGGUAGAAAUCUUACGUUUUUCAAAAUCUCACACAGAAAUUUCAUAAUAUUUCAUCGUAUGUCAGGCUUUAGCUUUUGAGCCAUAAGGACUUCACAAGAAGUGUGUGUAAAAUCUGAUGCUGUAGGGCUUUUCACACUUCAAAUAUAAUAGUUAACCCAGGGUGAUUGUAAACUGUGUAAACACAAUCCUGGCUUUUCUUGUUUCUUGCUUAUACUUCACUCAGGGUUAACAAUUAAUCCUGGCUAUUUAUAAUCUGACCUUUGGCACUGUAUACUCCUCAACCCUGGCUUAACCUUCUUAUUUGUGUAUUUGCCGUGUCAACAACCAUGAAUUGAAUGAAUACAGUGAGAAAUAUAGGCUUGACACUUCGCUGCUCUUUAAGUAUUAGGUCCAAAAUUUAAUCCAGCUUCUUCUAAUUUUCAUUUGUUAUUUCUCACUGCACUAUCCAGUUUGUCCUGAACAGACAUUUCUGACCAUAACUGUAAAGUCUCUUCCACUAAGCAUGUGGUUUAGGGCUAAAGUGCUGUUCAGUUACGUUCAGAGUAACGUUGUAACAUUGCAUUGUUUCACACGUUUUGGCACAGCAGUGUGGGGUUAACACUGUGCUGCACCAGAGCAGGGUUUCAUAUCCCCGGGAAAAAAAGCAAUGUUAAUCCUGUGUCUGAAUUCAGGUGUGAAACAAACAGUCCUCGAGCCUGGGCUAAAAGCAGGGUUUAGAACAAUGGUGUAACCGUGUGAAAAGCCCUAAAGUGUUCAAACAAAUCCAUCAGAUUGUCUGAAUAGAGACAAAUUUUCUGAAUUUUAGACAAUGAGCUAGUAAUGGGUCAGAAUCUUCAACAGUGAAUAUGCAACAUAUUGUACAUCUACUUUUUUUUUUUAAAGGUAAUAUUUGCUAAAAUUGAUUCCCGUUUUUAAUGAAAGAAAAAAAUCCAAGGUUUUUCUUUGGACCUCACUGUAUAACGUUGGUGAAAUCUAUUGGUAAAAUGUUGAGAAUGUAAAGCUAUCUGUGUAGCGUAUAUAUUAGAAUAUAUUCGUGUGCCCGCACACACACACACACACACACACAAACACACACACACAUGAAUAAUGAACUCAGCACUGAGUGAUCCUCAAUCCAGAAAGUCAACUGCUUUCUAUUCUCUUUUUUUUUUAAAAAAAAAAGAAAAAAAAAAAGAAGAUGGCUCGUCUUUGAAGAUCAAAAACGAAAGCGUGGCGUUUGAUGUGCUCUCGCGUGAUUGUUCGGGUUCUCGGGUUGUGAGUGUUUUGCUCUGUGUGGACGGCAGACCUUGUUUGUUUUGGUGCCUCUUAAUCUCCAUUAGACUGAAAGCUCUCAGCAAGCGCUCGUAAGGUCCCCCGUUGCUUUCUGUGCAUUUCCUGGAUGAAAAUAAAUUGUGAUUUGCACCUAAAUGCCAUCAAAUGCUAAUGUAAACCUUCUGCAUUGAGGGGAAAGAGUGUGGACCUUUGAAGAACUGAGACUUCCUACAUGUGGAAACACUGUAACUAUGACAAAGUUUUGGAAAAGAGUGUGAAAAUGAAAGAAAAUGAAUGUAUGUGAGAUGACGCUGGAAGUCAUGGGGGGGGUAGUCAGUCAAAUCUCACUGAUUAAGUGUCAAUUUAUCAGACAUUAACCCAACAUACUUUGUUUUUUGUGCCAUUUCUGGAGCAAAAUCUAUAGUGACUGCUUCUUUCACAUACCAUAUACUACAGUACAAACCAUCCACACUAGAGAAGAAAAGGUUGUAAGCACACUAACAUACCCCCCAGAUCUCAAGUACUAGAAAAAAGGUUCAGUCGAGAACAGAGAAACCUU